AUGAAGAGGAUGAUUAUUUKCUGCAUGCUUUUCUUCUAUUCCAUUGUGGUGCUGACUGCAUCUUCACCCARAGCAGUAAAAUACAAACAGAUGCAACAGACAAUUAGAGACUUAGAAACCAUAGUGAAAGAUAAGGAUGCUGAACUGCUGCAUACUCCAGAAAACCCUGUGGAGGGAUGCCUGUACACAGCUGUAACCUGCUUCAAGAAGGAAAUCGAGAAAUUACAACCAGUGAGCAAUCAAGAGAAUACAAUGUUCACCAAAGCCAUCARACGCGUGAGGAACUUCACCUACAAAGACCCCGGAAAGCAUUGUGAGUCUACGUGUGAAUCAUAUGAGAAGAAAACCCCCAAAGAGUUUUUGAAGAGCUUUGCAAMUCUAAUGCAAAUGCUAUUCAAGAAUUGA